UCUCGGGACACCGAACUGGUCUCUCUGCCCCCAGUACUUUCAGCCCCCGCUGGCCACACUGCUCAGCUCUCCUCCUGCCCCAGCUCUGAGAUGAUGGCUGAAGAGCGCACAGACCUCGAGGCCCAGAUCGUCAAGGACAUUCACUUCAAGGAGAUUGAUCUGGUGAACCGAGACCCCAAGAACAUUAACGAAGACAUAGUCAAGGUGGAUUUCGAAGACGUGAUCGCGGAGCCCGUGGGCACCUACAGCUUCGACGGGGUGUGGAAGGUGAGCUACACCACCUUCACCGUGUCCAAGUACUGGUGUUACCGCCUGCUGUCCACGCUGCUGGGCGUCCCGCUGGCCCUGCUCUGGGGCUUCCUGUUCGCCUGUAUCUCUUUCUGCCACAUCUGGGCGGUGGUGCCCUGCAUCAAGAGCUACCUGAUCGAGAUCCAAUGCAUCAGCCACAUCUACUCGCUCUGCAUCCGCACCUUCUGCAACCCGCUCUUUGCCGCCCUGGGCCAGAUGUGCAGCAGCAUCAAGGUCAUGCUGCGAAAAGAAGUCUAAGGCGGGGUGGGGGGGCAAGGGGGCCGCAGGGCAGGGGCGUCAGGCCGCUCUGACCUCCUGCUACUGCUCAUGGGGCCACCGGAGAGCUCUUUCUCUUUAGGAACUGCCUAGUUUCCCCCAAAGAUGAGAGCAGACGACAUGAAAAGCCAGAAAGAACAGACAGCCCAGCCGCAUGAGCACAGUGGCCCUUCUCUCUGCCCCGGUCCCACCAUGAGGCCCCCGUGAGCGGGUGUGAGCGAAGGUCACGGCUAAGAGGCAGCUAUUGCAAAUCUUUGCGUCCACUUGUACUGUAACGACAUAAACCGGCACGCAGUCCCCACCCGGGGUCGACCCGUCCACACGCACCCAGGAGAGCGGCCAGUGACUAUUGGCAUUAGGGAGGUGGCUCCAAUAAAGGGUUUCGGCUGC